GGUACCGGCACCGUCCUUCCUGAGGAGCUGCAGGAAGUGGCUGAUAAAGAGAUUGCGAACUUGCCCCGGGACAGCUGCCCUGUGCGGAUCCGCAAUAGGUGUGUCCUGACAUCCCGCCCGCGGGGAGUGAAGCGGCGUUGGAGGCUCAGCAGAAUCGUUUUCCGUCAUUUUGCUGACCAUGCUCAGAUGUCUGGGAUACAGAGGGCCAUGUGGUAG